UAUUAAAUUUCUCAUAGGAGAGGAAAUAAUGAAGAAACAUUAACAAAUUCCAGGCGAACGAAAGAGAAAGAAGAAACGGUCUCUGUUAAUGGCGACAGAGCUCGUCAACCGAUCUCUGAAAAUCAGAGAUCUCAUCAUUAUUUCCACCACAACCACCACCACCACCACCAUUUGUCAGUAGAGGUUGAGGAGUUGAAAACUGGAAAGAGAUAGAAAGGGAGGGACUGGUGAUGUCUUUUGACGGCGACGACAAGCAAUGGAUUUGUGGAAAGGCUGGCACAGUGAAUCUACAGCUAGUCAGUUCUAUUGUUCGGGACAUCGGGGAGCCUUGUCUUCAUCAAUCACCUAUAAAGGUUGUUAUAGCUAUAAGCAAAAUGCUUAAGCCAGACAAGUGGCAGUCGACCUUUGAUAGCGACGGGAAGGUCUUUAGUUUUCAGAAAGCGCUGAAAUUGAUUGUUCUAGGGGGAGUGGAUCCAUCUAUAAGGCCUGAAGUUUGGGAAUUUCUUCUGGGUUGUUAUGCUUUGAGCAGCACUGCAGAGUACCGAAGGCAAUUGAGGACCGCCCGGAGAGAACGUUACAGGGAUCUUAUCAAGCAAUGUCAAAUGAUGCAUUCAAGCAUAGGAACUGGUUCCCUUGCCUAUGUUGUGGGGUCCAAAGUUAUGGAUAUGAGGACAAUGUCCAGAGAUGAUGGGGGAAGGGAAGCUGUAGUCGAAAGAAGACAAGCGUCUGAUGAUAAUACUAACAAUUUAGUAAAUAACUGUAAUUUGGAUAAAAAUUGUACAGAUAUGUCAUACACAUGCCAAAGGGAAAGCUCUAGUGAUUCAGAUGACCUUAACAGCUUGAGGAGAAGUGCAGAUAGUGCAGCAUAUGAUUCUUCUUGUUUUCUACCUGCUUCUGGUCCAUACAACUGCAGUUCCCCAAAACGUGGGAGUGAAGAGCGUGGAUCACAAUAUGUAACUGAAAAUUAUUUUGAUUUUCCUCCAUUACCUGUUACAGAUUUGUUUGAGAAGUGUGGCGAUGAUGGGAAGGAAUGUGAGUUGCAUGAUAAUAGACAUUCUACACGACGUAAAUUGAGAUUCGAAGAUGAGCGUAUGCACAGUUUUCAAAUCAAUAACAAUAUAGAUUUAGUUGUGGAAUCAAAUGGUUCACCAUCUAAUAAUGCCUCACAUCCUAUGAACUCUGAAAUUGAAUUGGUUCAUCCUGAUGUGCAUGAACCAGUAUCUUCAUCCAACAAUCAGGAAUACAAAACAGAUAUAGUGAACAGAUUAAGAAUAUCAGAUGUACCGGAAACACCAGUAAUAAAAGCAACCACGUCUCAAGGAGGGGCCACUAGUGAGGACAGAGUAUCUGAGUGGCUUUGGACACUGCACCGGAUAGUUGUUGAUGUGGUUAGAACAGAUAGUCAUCUUGAAUUCUAUGAAGAUACAAAAAACUUAGCUCGAAUGUCAGAUAUUCUUGCUGUUUAUGCUUGGGUUGAUCCUGCGACAGGAUACUGCCAAGGUAUGAGCGAUUUGCUGUCUCCCUUUGUUGUUCUCUUUGAGGAUAAUGCUGAUGCAUUUUGGUGCUUCGAAAUGCUUCUGAGGAGAAUGCGUGAGAAUUUUCAAAUGGAAGGACCAACUGGCGUGAUGAAGCAGUUGCAAGCACUGUGGCAUAUCCUAGAACUCACAGAUAGGGAAAUGUUUGCUCACCUGUCACAUAUAGGUGCUGAGAGCCUUCAUUUUGCCUUCCGGAUGCUGUUGGUACUCUUCCGUCGGGAGUUGUCUUUCAACGAAGCUCUCUGUAUGUGGGAGAUGAUGUGGGCCGCUGAUUUUGAUGAAUCUGUGGCCUCUGAUUUGGAGGAGAUUUGCCCGGAACCAUUGGUUGUACAGCUUCCCAGAGAAUCUGGUUCAGUAUCAGGAAUGGAGAUGGGAGAAGAGGUCAUUGAGAAUAAUCACAGUAGUUCAAAGGGUGCUAUACAAUCAAAACGUGGAAAUGUAGAACAAUCCAGUUCUGACAACAAUGGAAUGAAAUCAGCAUCAACCCAUACCCAUCCCUUUUGUGGCUUGACAAGGAAUUUCUGGUCAAAAAAUGAUCACAUGCAGAUCUGCACUGUAGUUUCAUCAACAAGGAAUGGUGAUGAUGAAUUACCUGUGUUUUGUGUAGCGGCGAUUCUUAUCAUCAACCGUCAAAAAAUCAUUAGAGAAACCCAUUCGAUCGAUGAUCUGAUAAAGAUAUUUAAUGAUAGAAUGCUCAAGAUCAAGGUUAAGAGAUGCAUACGCAAUGCCAUUAAACUUCGGAAGAAGUACUUCUACAAGCUGAUCAAGAGCAGGAGCCCAGCAGCUCAGAACGGUGUCUAGGGUUGUUCUGUUUACCAUAUAUACCUAAAGCUCAGGAAUGGCACUUUGAGUUGAGGCAAUAAUCUGAGUUUCAAGAUAGAGUAUGGCGUUACAAAAUUUGAUAUUAAAUCUUCUAUGUAAGAGGAGUUUACAGCAGACUGCUGCUGCCGUUUGUACCUCAAAAUAUCCUCCACUACUAAGGCAAGUGAAAGAAGUGAAAAGUGGAACGUUUGCUUUGCUUCACUCAGCUCUGAUCAUGGAUGCUUCUUGCAGGUUAGCGGAACACGAAAUUUCUCUAUCAAGUUAUAUAUUUGGAGAGUUAAUCAUGUAUCAACAAUUUUGAUUGCUUAUGUGCAAAGUGAUUCUUCAGAAGAAAAAAAGCAAAAAAAAAAAAUCAGAGUCAAUGGAUAGAAGGUUUUUGGUUUGAACUUCUGAUAACAAAAGUCAUAGUAUAAGAACUUGUUUAUAGUCUUAUUUUUAGAGAAAUAUAUUUUUCAUUCAUGCCCU